GCCCUUCUACGUGUGCUUUUGCCUUCCCGUUUUCCUUCUUCAGUCCCUCGUCGACUUUAAAUCGGACAACAUUUAAGGAGCGAACAAGUCCCCCGAACAAGACUCCGACGUACGAAACAUGCGGCAACAACAUGAGGAAAGCGUGUGUUUCAUUUUGGCCGUCGUCUUCCACUCGUCCCUGCCGAUUGCGCUGAGUCAAGCAGGUCAGCUUCCUCCACCGACGGGGCUUUCGUACCUGUGGCUCGACCCGUUUACGGUGAACGUGUUUUGGCAGAGGCCCACCCAGCUGUUGGACGGCUGUGUUGUGCAGUACCGAUACGGGCCGCACAAUUCUUGCACAGAAUGGACAAAUUUUACAGAGACUCUUCUGACGGAUGAAGCUGACUCCUCUGGCUGGAAUUUCAAAGUCCGAACCGAAGGACUGCGAAACUGCGGAAAGAGCGAGAGCCUACCCGCUAACAUCGCCAUUGUUGACACUAAGGAACCUCGAGCUCAGCUGGUGGCAGACUUCAAAUGUUUACACAAAGCAGAGAUGACGGAUUGUUCCUGGCUCCCACGUGAUACCUCUGUCAACCUGACUCUCUCUUACAGAAUUUGUGGCAGCUCUCCAGAAACCAUACAAAGUUUGAAGGAGUGCGAGCGGCCUUAUCGCAACGGAGCGAGGGACGGCUGUUACCUGAGUGCCAACUUUGUCGCCGAAGACAUCUGCAUGCUCUUGAGAAGCAACGCUUCGAUGCAGACGUUCAAACCUCAGCGAGUGGUUGACCCCCCAAAGCUGCAUGUAAGCGUGGAAGGUGACAACCUGAACGUGAGCUGGACACCCCCUGAAGUGUUCAAAGACUGCAGUUGGACCUACGAGUUGUGCUACAGCAAAUGCGAUGAACCCGAGAAAUGCCAGAGCUCCAUUCCACGCGGAGAGACGAGGCAGAUUGCCUACGAUAGAAGUUGCCGUUAUAAGUUUCGGUCACGGGUCACAAUUGGCAACUACUGCAGAAAAGUACAAAGCGACUUCGGUGAAGUUGUAGUUGUAGAUGGUGAGGGCAAGCCCGACGUAUCACCUACAGCAGUGGCCAUCGGCGUCGCCGUCGUCCUGUCUGUUGGCGUCCUUUUGGCCUGUUAUUGCUUCAGAAGGCACAGCGCCGUUCUCCUUCCCGUCAUACCCGAUCCAUCAGGGCUAUUAAAGGACAUGAUGAGCGGAAGCACAGAGACUAAAGCUUCCACAAAUUUAUACACGCCUGUGCCAGAAGCCAUACAACCGUGUAGAAUUAUGGCACCUCAUGAAACCAUCACCCCCUGUAAAGUCAUAAAACACAACCGGCAGGAUGAACUCCCGUGUUGACGAGAGGCUCAAACGGUCCAAGUCGGACAACAAGGAAAUGGAUGGUAUCAUCCUCAAAGACUACUUACUCCCAGUCAGGGCAUAGAACGGCGGCGUUGUUCCGCACCAUAAGUGGAUUUCUUCGCAGCCGUCAUGUUUGACCGCUGUAGAAGGAGGAAGCAAACACAAAAAAUCUGCUGAAAGAGUUUACAUGUGGACAAAACACACUCAGAGACAAAAACAAGAGAUCUUCAGAGAUUUGUCGUCGGUGUCUGUCCAACUUGCACUUUGACUUGAUUUGUUCAACUCAGGAAAGAGUUUAUUGACAUUUAUAUAUUUAAAUGGUAUCACUGUACACAACAAAUUGUAGUCUGCCUUUGUAUGUGAAACACUGAUCAGCUAAAACAAACUACAACGUUCAAGAUAAUCGGACCUGUCUUAAGCCUGUUAUCUUGCUUAUGCAUUGCACCAUCCACCGUGCUAGAGGUUCAAGGAAACAUUGUUUUAAAAAAGAGCUUUUGCAAACACAUAACUUCUAAUACUUACACGUUUAAAGUGCUUUUCAAAGUAAUAAUCAACUUUGCAAGUGCAUCUCUGAAAUUAGUAUUUCAUAGGUAAUAUUUAUUUAUUUUUUGGGGCUCUUUUUAUUUUUUUAAUGUUCUGUAUUGAAAGCACAUGUUUUAAAGUUGUCAACGUUUAUGUAUAAAUUGUGAAUCAAC